AUGUUCUGCUCCUUAACAUCACAUUUGGCAUUGGUAAGGAGAGUACCCAUUCUGGUACCGCGACUACUUCCCUAUAGAUCACUAUCAACAGAAUCGCCCAAGAAUCUAUUGGCGACAGACAAAAAGCUAGACAAUGUUCCUUACAUGGACAAUUGCAUGUUAAUGAGAAGUAAAUCCUCACAAAUAUCUCGUGUUCUUCGGAAAAAGAGAUAUCAAGAUGAAAAUCUUUUGAGCGUCCGCUACAAUGUCAUUGGAUUCACACAUCGAAUAAUGAAAAGUUACAAUAUUAAUCAAAAACCUGAAAAGCUUAACCAAGAUGAUCUCCAGACUUCCAGUGUUGAUGACAAUGUUGAGGCGGCGUUGAAAGUAUCGUCAAUGAAUCACCAUUAUUAUAUGGCAAAUAUGUUAUUUGGAAUAUUAUACACUCUCCAUUUUGGCCUUCUCGCACAGUAUGGGCAUAUCUCCAAAAAGGAUUCGUUGAAGCAAGUCCAGCGGCUUUUGACAAUUCAAACAGGACAUGGGAAAAGUUCGAAAUUACUGUGGAUUCCUACGAUGUUGCAACACCACAAAGAAAUAGACAUCAACACUCUGGAUUUAGAUUCAGCUGUUGUCACAUUAACAAACUUAUAUGUCACUGGGAACAUUACGAAAUAUGAAGAAAAACAGCAAGGAGAGCAAUCAAUCUGGGUAGAAUCAACCAAUGUUGAGAAUAUUUCCAACAAUAGCCCAGUAUUAAUGGAGAAAGAAUUUAGUGAUAUAUUGAAAGAACUUUUAAUUUUUUUUAUGAAACUCAAUGAUCUUCAUUACAACAAACAAUACACCCUUGAUGAUUUGACAUUAUGGAUCUCCUCUAUUUCCAAAAAAACAGUAAAAGAAUCUUGGGGAGUACUUCAGGGACAGGCGGUUCCCCCGGAGUUUAUUUUACUCGAUGUGAUUUUUAAAAAUUCAGCAACCACAAAGGAAUUAAACAUAUGCGUUAAUAUAUUCAAGAAAUUUUUUAAACAAUUCCACCAGAAAACUUCCACAUAUGUGUUUUUUUAUCUAGUGGGCUUAUAUCAAAUGAUUGAUUACACGGUUGUGUUACCAGUGGUGAAAACUUUUUUAGACAAGUUUCAAAAAAUCUCAAUUCCUUAUAAUUGUCAGCAUCCUGGUUAUAAUGAUGCGUCGUACCUCCUAAUGAAUGGAUUGGACUGGUCGUACCAGAAUACACGGGGACUGACACAAAAUCAACAAGAUACCAUCGAAAUUUACGUUUUGAACAUGAUGUUGUGGAAAUUAUCCGACUCCAGCAUUAGAAAUCGAUCAAAAUAUUAUCACUUAGAAAUGAUCAGAUCGCAAAACUUCAUCAUUGAAUUUCUAUCAAAAACUCCAAAAACAUAUAUCCAUGACUACCCUGAUGGCUCUUCCACUGCAGAUGAUACCAUUGAUACCUUACAAAAAAAUCUUAACAUUUUAGGAAAUUUGGGAUUGGUCAAUGCAUUGGUCAACAUUUCACAACCAACCGCAAGAAAAUCAUUGGAUAUGGUAGAAGCAAAAUACAUCCGGCCUUUUAUGGAAAACUUAUCAAAAUGGAAAGACACAACCCCGUUGAAGGAAUUAAUCAAGAACGAUGCUGGUAUGAAAUAUAAGAUUUAUCAACUCCUAUCAAGGUUUUAUUAUAUCAAGCUUCGAAACUGCAGAAAUGAAUCUGAGUUAAUCAAUGUUUUCAAUGAAGUAUUGAACUUCAACCAAUAUCAUAAAGAUUUGAAUUGGUUACCCAAUCCGAUAAAUCGAUCGGCGUUGAUCUGGAGAGGGUUUAUAAUGAAGCUAGAGGAAUUGAGGAUAUUAACGCAACCAAGAGUUGUGGCGUUAAUCACCAAAAUUAUCAAUAAUGAAUUUGGCUUAAAAUCAGCUAAUUUUCAGAUUCUUGAACUUUUGAUGAGAAAAAACAAUGAUUAUCAAGUACUUCAAGAAUUUGUUAACAAUUUGAGUUCUCGAGGGUUGAUGAAUUCUCAAAUCACUACUGGUUUCAUUGUGAAAUUGUAUCGACAUGCUAUUAAUAAGAAAGUCCAUGGAUUGCAGAAUGUCAGUUUAGAACUAACUGGGUGCGAUGACAUAUUGAGUUAUGUCCGAUCUAUUGUCAACUCUAUGAAUGAGUUGAAUGUUCCAAUCAUCGGUGAAGUCUUAUAUCACGAAGCAAGUAUACAACCAAAGAAUAUUUACAGCCUUUACACACACUAUUUGAAGAGGAACGGUGAUGAGAAAUAUUCACUUUCACCCAACAAAAGCUGUAUCAAGUCACUAUUGGUUGCCGCAUUGAAAGAAAAGUAUUUGGUUUGGGACAACAAAUAUGCAGUACAGAUUGCAAUUGCCGAAUUCAAACGAUGGAUGACCCCCUCACUGAGUGAUAAAUACAUUACACCUGAUAAGACAACUUGGCAUUUAUAUCUUGCCCUUCUACAUGACUAUAAUUAUCAAACAGAAUUGAUGGAUGUGAUUGGUUUAUGGGAAGCUAUGAGAUACGUUCCAACAAAGGCACUAUUGGUGAAAUAUUUAUCCUUACUACCCAACGAUGUUAGUGAUAGAAUCAUUAAGUUUGGCCAGGAAGCCAUUAUGGAGGAGAGGAAGAAUGAUGAAAAUAAAUUGACAUUACAGAAUGAUGACUGUGGAGGAUUUUUAGAAGAUUUUGGUUUUAUGGAGAACGAGCGUAGUUCUAACGAGCUACCAAAAGAUAAGAUAAUGCCAUCACCACUUGAUAAGCACACACAACCUAUAGAAUAUCAAAGAAAAAGAUGGUGCAAAGAGCACGAUAUUUACGUUCCUUUCAAUUAUGAUUAUUCCACAAAAAUGUGGCCAUGGCCGUCGAAGAAAGCGGUAAUGAAUUCAAAAAAAUCUUUGAGAUUAGUUGGGUUGAUUUGA